AUGAGCGUGUGGCCAGACAACUUGGGCAGGCGGACCGGUUCCGUACUUGCAAGAAUUCAUAGCGAGACGGGUAACGGUACUAGCCUGAGGUAGGC